AUGGAGGGAGUGGGCGGGAGAGGACGGGUGUCCCGGGCGGGGCUCAGGGCGUUGGCGUCCUGCUACCCUGCCCCCAGCCUGUGCCAGCUGGCCAGGCCGGGGAGUGACCGCUGGUGUGAGCUGGUGCCGCCUGCCCUGACUCUGCCCUCCGGUCCCAGUGCCUCCUCACAUCCGCCCUGCGUGGCCCAGUCCAGUGGCCGUGCCGGCCAAGAGCGCCGGGCGCGUGUGUGUGCGAGCGUGUGCACCCACGCGUGUGCUACAGGCGCCAGCAGCGCCCUGAGCGCCAGCUGCCGUGGGCUGUGGGCGAGCACGGGGGCAGGUCUACCCUGUCCAUGGGCAACAGGCGCCCCCCACACUGGGUCGUCGAGAAGGCUCAGUGACCGGACGUGGCCCGUGGCGGGAGCCACUGCACACAGGGCCUGUCGCCGUGUCCCCUGGGGCCGCCUGGAUCCCCUGGAGCCGCCUGGAUCCCCUGGAGCGCAGAUGCCGCAGUGGGAGGCAGCCCCGGCCCAGGCCCUGCUCACACCUGCCUGCUCCAAGGAGUCAGCCAGCCGACUGCGCGUCCCAGGGCCAGCCAGUCCCCCGGCUGCUUGGGACGUGCUUCCACCCGGGGUCCCCAGCCACAGGUUCACUAAAUAUUUUCACGAGCCCGCGCUGGAGGGUCUCGAUGACCCUGCAUCAUGUGGAUGGACCACGUUUUGUUCAUUGCUCCGUCAUGGACGGAUGACCUGAGCGGCUUCCCCGUCUUGGCCACCACGUCGGGGCGCAUCCCACGGAUGUUUGAUGGCCGUGCUGCUGCGACUCUCUUCCCCCUGAAGUGUGCGUAGCUCAGGGUGCAUGGACCGUGGAGGCGUCGCAGCCUCCUGUCUCGCUGGCACGUGGGUGUCAUGUCCCCCCUCCCCCCACCUGGGUGCCCCGGGCUCACCACCGUGUCUGUAGGCUCUGCUGUGAUGUCUCACAGGCGGGGUCAGAAUGCUCUAGAACCCUGUCCAUUCACACUUCUCUUCUACAAACUGAAACAGUGGUUUUGGCGCACAAACAGCAGCACUAUCCAUGACAGCCCAAAGACCCUUGCACGGACACGCUGAGGACCUGCCACAUGACAGGAGUGACGCCCAGACAUGCCCCACCGCGUGGACCUGCCCGGGGCAUGUGCCGCUCGGAGACAGGAGCCACACGGCACCGUGUGAUUCUGUUUCUAUGAAAUGCCCAGCAGAGGCAGACCCAGGCUCAGAGGGCAGACCUGGGGUCACUGGGGCCAGGGAAGGGUCGGGGUCUCUCUGGGGGGGACGAGAAGGUUCUGG